ACUCCGCGGAAGUGGGAGCGGGUACCUGUCAAAUUCAGGUACCGUCCGCAGUCUCUGGUCAUCCCCUGUACUGUGUCCGCAGUCUCUGGUCAUCCCCUGUACUGUGUCCGCAGUCUCUGGUCAUCCCCUGUACUGUGUCCGCAGUCCAUUGGUCAUCCCCUGUACUGUGUCCGCAGUCCAUUGGUCAUCCCCUGUACUGUGUCCGCAGUCCAUUGGUCAUCCCCUGUACUGUGUCCGCAGUCCAUUGGUCAUCCCCUGUACUGUGUCCGCAGUCCAUUGGUCAUCCCCUGUACUGUGUCCGCAGUCCAUUGGUCAUCCCCUGUACUGUGUCCGCAGUCCAUUGGUCAUCCCCUGUACUGUGUCCGCAGUCCAUUGGUCAUCCCCUGUACUGUGUCCGCAGUCCAUUGGUCAUCCCCUGUACUGUGUCCGCAGUCCAUUGGUCAUCCCCUGUACUGUGUCCGCAGUCCAUUGGUCAUCCCCUGUACUGUGUCCGCAGUCCAUUGGUCAUCCCCUGUACUGUGUCCGCAGUCCAUUGGUCAUCCCCUGUACUGUGUCCGCAGUCCAUUGGUCAUCCCC